AUGGCGAUAAGAACAGUGGAUUUUCGAUCAGAUACAGUCACGAAACCAACAGAAUCAAUGCGCGAAGCAAUGGCCAACGCGGAAGUGGAUGAUGAUGUCUUGGGAUAUGAUCCAACAGCGCAGCGUCUUGAAGCAAAGAUGGCAAGAAUCAUGGGCAAAGAAGCAGGACUAUUUGUUCCUUCAGGCACAAUGGGCAAUCUUAUAUGUUUGCUUACUCAUUGUCAAAUUAGGGGAAGUGAAGUGAUUCUUGGUGAUAAUUCACAUAUUCAGAUGUAUGAAAAUGGAGGGAUUUCAACUAUUGGUGGUGUUCAUCCAAGGACAGUUAAGAACAAUGAAGAUGGUACAAUGGAUCUUGAUUUGAUUGAAGCUGCGAUUCGUGAUUCUAGCUUUGAGAUACUUUCUCCGACAACUAGGCUCAUUUGCUUGGAGAAUUCACAUUCUCGUUCAGGAGGCAGAUGCCUUUCCGUAGAGUAUACAGACAAAGUCGGAGAUCUAGCAAAGAAAUAUGGUUUGAAGCUGCAUAUUGAUGGCACCCGUAUAUUCAAUGCAUCAGUUGCACUCGGAGUGCCCGUUCAUAGGCUUGUACAGGCUGCUGAUUCAGUUUCGGCAUGCUUAUCGAAAGGUCUUGGUGCUCCCGCUGGAUCUGUGAUUGUUGGUUCGAAGAGCUUCAUUUCCAGGGCGAAAAUACUAAGGAAGCCUCUAGGUGGAGGAAUGCGACAGAUUGGCGUCCUGUGUGCUGCUGCUUCUGUUGCAUUACAAGAAAAUCUUGUUAAAUUGGAAGGCGAUCACAGAAACGCUAAGAUUUUGACAGAGGAACUUAACAAAAUCAGAGGGCUUAAAGUUGAUAUUGCCACUGUUGAGACUAACAUUGUAUAUUGUCAUAUACGUAAGGGAUCAAAGAUCAGUAGAACAGAACUGUGCAAGUCUUUGGAACAACAUGGUGUACUUGUACUACCAGAAGGGCCAAUGAGGUGUGUUUUCGCCUUUUCAUUCUUCAAUUCUAGUGUAUUGUAA